AAAUUAGCUGUAUACAACAAGAUGCAGGAGUCUCUGGAAGUGACCCUUCCCAGCAAGCAAGAGGAGGAUGAGAAAGACCAGCCUGCCGAGAUGGAGUACCUUAACUCUCGCUGCGUCCUUUUCACUUACUUCCAGGGAGACAUUGGUUCAGUAGUGGACGAACACUUCUCAAGAGCUUUGAGCCAAGCCAGUAGCUUCAAUCCAGAAACUGCCCUUACCAAGAGCAAGGCAGGGCUAAGUCCUCUGUGGAGAGAAAGCUCAACAAUUUCAAGCCAAAGGAGCAGUUUCCCAACUUCAUUUUGGACCAGCUCUUACCAGCCUCCCCCUCCACCAUGCUUAAGUGGAGUACACCCCGAUUUCCCCGUUACUGCACCAGGCACCUUUCCAACACCAGAUCCUAGCAGCUGGCCAGGACACGGCCUUCAUCAGACUGCCCCACCUCCUCCCCCUGCUGCAUCUGAAUCCUGGCAUUAUCCUUUAGCAUCUCAGGUGAGCCCUUCGUAUGCACACAUGCAUGACGUGUACAUGCAUCGUCAUCACCCUCAUCCACACAUGCACCAUCAUCAUCCCAGCUCGCACCGUGACCCCCGGUACGGGUCCCUGCUGAUGCCUUCGGUCCGCGCAGCCAGGAUUCCUGCUCCCCAGUGUGACGUGACAAAGACAGAUCCUGCUGCUGUCACCAGCGCUACCUCAGCAUGGGCUGGAGCCUUUCACGGAACGGUGGACAUUGUGCCAAGUUUUGGGUUUGACACAGGUCUACAGCAUCAGGACAAGAGCAAGGAAACUUCUUGGUUCUGA